UUUGCGGAUCAGUUCGUUGAGACUUUAGGGCAAGAUGUGAUCGUUGGAAUGUGUAUGAAGGGUGAGGCGAAUGGUGCCUUUGUGGUUGCCGAGGCGUUGAGUGGAGGUAACGCAAAGUGUUUAGUGAAGGGUUGGUUUGGCGUCAAUGUGGUCAAGGAGAUUGAGGACGGUGACAUAAAUGAUAAAAAUAUGUUAUUAGAGAACAUAUGCCAGUUGUAG